AUGACACUUUCUAGCCGGCGCAGCGGAACACGGAACCAUGCAGCAUCAAAAGCCACCACCUCACUACGUCGCCACGAUCUCGACAACCUGCGCACCUUUCUAACUGGCCUUGUCAUCGUGCAUCACACAGCCGUCACAUAUGGAGCACCAGGAAGGGCUCCGUUCCGGUCAGCCGUGACAAGACUUGCGUUCCCCGGGGCGGAUAUCCCUCCAACCAUCGCGGCCGCCUUCAAUCAAUCGUUUUUCAUGGGCCUCUUCUUCUGGAUAUCCGGACGUGUCUCGGCACAGUCCCUUGAGCGGAUAGACCAGGACCCAUGCCGAACCCGGUGGGCAUUUAUAAAGAGCAAGUCCUUGAGGUUGGGCCUGGUUGCUGUUCUGUACACACUAGUCGUCCAGCCAGCGAGCCAUCUAGUCGCGCUGGAGGAACCGUCACUUUCUUCCAUUUCUGCCCGGCUGGCAGAGUACUUUUCAACGAUGCGUGGUAUUCGAGGCCCGACGUGGUAUACUGUCAACUUGCUCAUCAUGGAUAGUGUAACCGCCCUGAUGGCACCGAGGGCGGAAACAAGGGCCAUGCGUAACGAGAAGGAGGAGAAUCACACUGCCGGAAAUGACGACCACCAAAGCCCUCCUUCUUGGUAUGUCUGGCUUGCCAGGUACGGGUGGAUCGGCGCUGCGGCGCUCAGCUUCCUUGCGCGUCUUUACUACCCCCUUGGUGCGAAUCUCAAAAUCAUAGCUCUCCAACCAGCCUAUGCCUCUCAAUACAUUUUGGCAUAUACCAUGGGACACGCGUCGUGGAAGUAUGGCACUUCCUUCAUGGGGGGGGUUGCGUUGGGCAAGACGAGUGGAAAGGACGUAGCUGCGGCCUCGGACGGUAAAUCUGACAACUCGUCGCUUUCCGUUGUUGCCGCAGCACUAGUAUCCCUAGGUACACUGCCCGUUGUCUGGAUACCAUAUCUAUUUCAAGAUGCGGGUAGAAAUCGGAUGGCGCAGUCCGUGACUGAUAUCCGUGGUGGAUGGAACGUUGCGGCUUUCCUCUACGCCCUCUGGAACGAGCUUUCAUUUAUAAUCGUUUGCCCGGCACUGCUUACAUAUUUCGCAGCAUGGCACAACAGACCCGCAAAGUCUAGCUUAUUCCAGGCCAGGUACUCUUACGGCGCGUUCCUCAUGCACACGCUUGUCAACACCGUUUCGGAGGUGGUGUUUGAUCGACUCUUGUGGUGUGACGACUGCAAAUCCGUUUCACUGGUUUCUCAUUCUCUGUGGCGGUGGUUGGCACCUUCUGCCAUGACCAUUGUUGUCGGAGCUGUCAAUGUCUACUGCUCAUUUGGGGUCGCAAAGUUGUUGUUGGAUAUGUUUCCGACUUUGCGUCGGGUCAUCUAA